AUGUGGUCAUUCGCAAAAUCCAGUUUAAAAUAUUUCCUUUUGUUUGAUAUUUUUAUAAGAACUCAUUUUUUAUGCAGAGAUAUUUCCAGCCAAAAUAAGCCAAAAGCUUUCUUCAUAAAUAAUAUAGCCAAUAAUAGAAAAUAUAAAUUACGAGAAAAUAAAAAAAUUAUUUCAGUUAAUAGCAUAAAAGGGAUAAGAACAUUUGAUCAAACACAAUAUAAAAAAAGAGAAUAUUUAUUUAAUAUAUGGAAAGACAUAGCAAGAAGUUUUUCAUACACUUUUUAUGAUUUGCCAAUAUUAGAAAGUUAUGAACUUUUUCAAAAAAAUAAUAUAAAUGAAUAUUAUGAUUUUAUUAAAAAUAAAAGGCAUUUAAUAUUACGCCCAGAAAUAACGCCACAAUUAAUUAACUAUUUAUUUUUCAAAAAUGGAGGAUUGAAAAAAAAGAAAGAACAAAAUAUACCCACAUGUAGGGACAAUUGUAAUUGUAUUAGUUCCCAUAUUUCUGGAAAAAAUAAUUCAAAAAAUUUAUAUAGUUAUCAAAAAAAAUGUAGACAUAAAAAUGAUAACCAAAAACAGUAUAUGUUACAAAAUUUUAAAAAGACUUUUAAAAUGUGUACAAUUGGUCAAUGCUUCAGAUAUGAGCAAAUUUCGAAUUAUCGUAAAAGGGAGCAUUAUCAAUGGAAUAUGGAUAUAAUUGGAAUAAAUAAUAUAAAUGCCGAAAUUGAAUUAUUUACUAUUUUAUUAACAUUUUUUAAAAAAGUAAAAUUAUAUGAAAAAGAUAUUAUAAUUAAAAUUAAUAAUAAACAAAUUAUAAAAUCUAUUAUAUUGAAAGUUUUUAAAAAUUCAUUAUUAUAUUAUUGCUCUCAAAAACAAAUAGACGAAAUUGUGGUAAAAAAAACCCUACAUAUACUUGAUAAAUAUAAUAAGAUUUCAAAAUAUAAUUUUAAAUUGCUAUUACAAAAAAAUAUUCCAUUUAUAAAAUAUAAUGAUAUAAGCAAUUUUAACAAUAUUAUUUAUAAUAUUAAUACAUAUGAUGACAUAGAAAUAUUUUUUAAUUUUAAUACAAAUAAUUCCAAUAAUAAUUCUUUAAAAAAUAUAUUAAACUAUUUCAAAAAAUUAAAUUUGCACACAUAUUUCAAAAUAGAUUUAGCAACAGUAAGAGGAUUAGAUUAUUAUCAAAAUACGAUUUUUGAAAUUUUUUAUAAAAAUAAAAUUAAUAGAGCAAUAUGUGGUGGUGGACGUUAUGAUUUUAUAUUAAACAAAACAAACAUCCCGGCAAUAGGAUUUGGUAUGGGAGAUGUAGUUAUAUCUGAAAUAUUAUUUAAUAAAGAAAAUGCUUGUAAUAUAAUUGAUGAAAAUAUUAAUAUAGUAUCAUUUUUUCCAAAUAUAAAUAAUGAUAAUAUAAAAUUAAAAAAUAAUAAAUAUAAAGAAUAUUACGAUAUAUUGCACACUCUUAGAAUGAAUAAUAUUAAGAUUUAUACAUUAUUACAAAAUGAUUUAACUCUUUCAAAGGCUUUAAAAAAAGCUAAUUCUUUCAAAUCAGAUUACUUUUUAUUUUGUCAAGAAAAUGAAGAAAAUAAUUUUAUUUUAAAAAAUUUAAAAACAGGAUAUCAGCAGAUUGUCAAUUUAGAGAAUAUACUUUAUGUUUAUUCCUCCAUUUAA